ACAAAACCACACAAUGAAAUCAAAUCCCUCAAUGCCAAGCUUUGCCACACAGCGCUGCUUCGCGUCCCACAGUCGAUCCCCAGGUGAAAGCUCGAAAGCUCACCGCCAGCAGCAAGGCAGGUCAUUCUCUUCAAACAAUCCACCGACCCCCCCACAUCCAGCAGAUUCUAAAUUGAAUCUGAUACCUUUUCUUUGAAUCCUCCUUUCACAGUCAUAGCCACAUAUUUCUCCUAAUUCUGCAGCUGUUUCCUCGUGCUGCCGGACAAUUUCAACAUGGCCAAUCCUCCGGACCUUUCCAACAGCAUUACCAUGCAUCCUCAUCCAUUCCAUAUCCAUCCGAACCGUUCAGAGCCUCGUUCUGGGACUCAUACUCCGAUUCAAACCAAUCACUCGUCGAAACCUGGCGCAAGUACUGCCUAUGAAGCCGUCACUCCUCCCACCGAAGAACACGACCCAAUCUCUCGACACACCACACAUGGAGCAAGCAUGAACGACCUCGAAGAGCAAAGACCGCCCAGAUACACGCGCGAGAACGAUCCGUACCAGCUAUCUUCAGCCUACAAGAAUGAGAAUGAGUUGAAGCUUAUCGCGGCCAAUACAUCCCGAAAGCGCGACGGUUGCGGGCCUAUAAAGUUCACGAAGAGUGCCCACCAAGCAAGGAAGAUACAAAAAUUCUACGAGAACCAAAAUGAGAACAUCGAGCGUAUGCUCAAGCCGGUUGAGGAUCACCGAGCAGAAGCAAAGGAAGAAGCAGGCGCGGACCAUCUGAAGUUCCAGAUCGCAGUUUAUGGAUCAUUCGCGGCAAACAUCGCUCUUGCAGGCCUUCAACUCUAUGGUGCUAUCUCUUCUGGAUCUCUGUCUCUCUUUACAACUAUGGCAGACGCCAUCUUCGAUCCUAUGUCAAAUGUCACUUUGAUUGUCAGCAACCGUGCUGUCAAACGUGUUGACCCAAGUCGAUUCCCAUCUGGCAAGGCUCGUCUGGAAACCGUCGGCAAUAUCGUCUUUUGCUUCUUGAUGACAGCGGUAUCCUUCAUUCUGAUCGCCUUCUCUGUUCGCGAGCUUGUGGAAGGAAAUCACAACGAACUCAACAAGUUCCAUCUGCCAUCCGUCAUCGCAGUUGCGACAGCUUUCUGCACGAAACUGGGGCUGUUCCUCUAUUGCUGGGCUUUGAAAGACAAGUACUCGCAGAUCAACAUUCUUUGGCAAGAUCACCGCAACGAUCUUUUCAUCAACGGCUUCGGUAUUCUGACCUCAGUCGGUGGUUCUAAGCUCAAAUGGUGGAUUGAUCCCAUGGGAGCCAUCCUAUUGUCCGUCCUGAUCUCUUGCAUCUGGCUACAUACCGCAUUCUCCGAAUUCCUGCUUUUGGUCGGCGUCACUGCAUCAGUUGAGACUCAACAACUCAUUACCUACGUCUGCCUGACUCACUCUCCGGAAAUCGAAGGAAUCGACACUGUUCGCGUGUAUCACUCCGGUCCAAGACUCAUCGCUGAAGUCGACGUUGUCAUGAACGCCGGUAGCAGUUUGAGAGAUACACAUGAUGUUGCAGAGGAGUUACAGAUCAAGCUUGAAAGUCUUCCGGAUGUGGAGAGAGCUUAUGUUCAUGUCGAUUAUGAGACUACUCAUAAGCCCGAGCACGCUUACAAGAAGGAUAUUUGAAGCGGAGAGGAAGUUCUUGAAAGAUAAAAAUGCUUCUGAAUUGUUUCUAUAGAAAGCUGUGUUGAUAUGGGUUCUCCUGGGUGUCGGCGUUUGCAAGCUCGGAAUGCUUUGCUUUGGAUUGUGGGGAUUAGCCUAAUGAGCACACAGAUCUUGGCUGUACUUUGUAUCCAGUAAUGAGAACCAAUUAUGACUUCCACUUCAUCUUCUUUCAUAGCGACAUGGAGAUUUGGGCUGGAUGAGAUCGGUGUGAUUCGAGGUAUCAAGCUUCUUAUUGCUCAGUUGAGCGAGCCCCAGAGUUGCUUCGCUUAUGUGAGUUUUCGGAUGUCAGACGAGCGCCGAAGGUUGGAACGAAAACAACUAUCUUUCAACCUUGAUCUCCAAUGUCCCUCUUGUGUUGUUAUUGUCG